AUGGCGACAACUCCUCCCGAGUCGGAGCUGUCGCAGGCACAGACUCCAGUCAUGGACUCGUCGACGCCACGGGAGAAGCCCGUCCCCUUCGAUGUGGAGGAUCCCGAGCCGGGUCAAGAUCAUGCCGUGGUCGGCAAGCCGUGGAUGUACAAGCCGAUGUUCAAAAUUGGAAAAUGGGAAGCACCAUGGUUUGCCUCGCCCGAUAUGCAGCUCUACCUCGUUUCUUUCGUGUGUUUCCUCUGCCCGGGCAUGUUCAACGCCGUGUCUGGCCUCGGCGGUGGUGGCCAGGUGAAUCCGACCGAUGUGAACAACGCCAACACGGCCCUGUACAGUACCUUUGCCGUGGUGGGAUUCUUCGCCGGCUCGAUUGCUAAUCGCAUUGGUCUACGGAUUACGCUGUCUCUGGGUGGAUUCGGUUACUUCUUGUAUACGGCGGCACUGCUUUCGUAUAAUAUCAACCAGAAUGCGGGCUUUUUGAUCUUCGCCGGUGCCUUGUUGGGUGCCUGUGCGGGUCUGCUGUGGUGUGCGCAGGGUGCGGUCAUGAUGAGUUAUCCCCAUGAGCACGAGAAGGGUAAAUAUAUUGCCAUCUUCUGGGUGAUUUUCAACCUGGGUGGUGUCAUUGGUAGCUUGGUUCCUCUCGGUCAGAACAUGCAUACUACCGCAGGCAAUGUCAACAACGGCACCUAUAUCGCCUUCUUGGUCCUCAUGGCCGUGGGUUUCAUCCUGUGCUGGGGUCUUGUCGAUUCCAAGUAUAUUAAGCGUAACGACGGCUCGCGCGUGAUCGUGAUCAAAAACCCAACGUGGAAGUCCGAGUUCCUGGGUCUCUGGGAGACUCUGCUGAGUGACUCGUACAUCGUCUUCAUGUUCCCCAUGUUCCUGGCUAGCAAUUGGUUCUACGGCUACCACUUCAACGCCGUCAACCUGGCCUACUUCACCGUGCGCACCCGCGCCCUGAACAGUCUCCUGUACUGGCUGAUGCAGAUGGUCGGUGCCUUUGUUUUCGGUCAACUCCUGGACAUGAAGUGCUUCUCACGUCCAACCCGUGCCAAGAUCAACUUUGGUAUCCUCAUGGCUAUUACGCUGGGUAUCUGGGGUGGUGGUUAUGCCUUCCAGAAGCAGUAUACUCGUGAGACUGUCAAGGCCGAUACGGAUUUCACGGACAGCGGCUACAUUGGUCCUAUGUUCUUGUAUAUGUUCUAUGGUUUCUACGAUGCCGCUUUCCAGACCUGCACCUACUGGUACAUGGGCUCUCUCUCCAACAACGCACGCAAACUGGCCAACUUUGCCGGUUUCUACAAAGGUAUCCAGUCUGCCGGUGCUGCAGGGAUGUGGCGUAUGGACGCCCAAAAAACCCCCUUCAUGACCGAAUUCGCCUCCUGCUGGGGUCUUCUCCUAGGCAGUAUGUGCAUCGCCUCACCCGUGAUUUUCUUCAAGGUCAAGGAAAGCACAAAUGUCGAAGAGGACCUACGCUUCUCAGAUGAAACCACCGCCGAAGUCCUCGGUGACACGGAGGAGGCACCUGAAAAGCCGCAUGUCGAGCAAGUCAACGGCAACAGGGCAUAG